UACUUUUUUUUCUAUGCUGGAGAGGUGGGAGAUAUUGAACAUAUUUUGUUUAAUUGUGCUCUGCAUCGGAAUAACUCCCAAAUUUUGUAUCAGUCCCUCAUUGAUGCCGCUCCUAUUAGUGCCUUUUCUGCACUUUUUCACCCUGGAUGUAUGGAUCUUGUUGCACGACUUGUGGUUAGAUUCCUUGAUGCAUGUGGUAUCUGCUAGCUCAUGGUUCAUGGGUUGGUUUUAAUCAUUAUGUAUAUUAGCUAGAAUUUCAAAGAACUCCUUCGCUGGAGAAGAUCCGAAAACCCUCGACAUUUAGAACUUCUGAGAUUAGUCUCCUUCGCUGGAGAAGAUCCGACAAUCCUCGACAUUUGGAACUUCAAAACUCAGUCUCCUUCGCUAGAGAAGAUCCGAAAAUCCUCGACAUUUAGAACUUCAAAAUUUAGUCUCCUUCCUGGUGAAGAUCCGAAAAUCCUCGACGGAAGUCCGAAAUGGGCGAAUGAUCCUGGUAGUCGUGCCCAACAGUUUUUUGUGAAACGCUUCAUUAAAUUUGAUUAUUUCUAUACUGCCGUUUUGGAGAAUUUGACAGUGUUAUUAAAAACAAAAAUAGAUUUUUGAUAUAUCCCGUAAUUUUGGGUUUAAUUCGAAAGGAUGUCAGAAGACAAUGUCAGGCCAAAACUUCAGGCCAAGCACGACUGGUAUCAAACUGAAACGGCGGUGGUGAUUACUGUUUUGGUAAAAAACGUCAAGCAAGAGAAGUUGAGGGUCAAUUUUUCAGACUCGAAAGUUACUGUGGACAUACAGAUGCCUGAAUUCGAAGAAUGUAAUUUGUCAUUUAAUUUAUCCCAUAGAAUUGUUCCAGAUCAAUGCUGUUUCAAACUAACCCCGUCCAAGAUUGAAAUCAAACUAAAAAAAGCGGAGGGAUUGCGUUGGGAAAAGCUAGAGGGCGCAAUUAAGGAAACAACUGUUAAAGCAAUACCUCAAAGUAAAGACUGGUCAAAAGUUGAGAGGGAUAUAAAAAAGCAAGAAGAGGAAGAGAAACCUGAGGGCGAGGAGGCUCUUAACAAAUUGUUCCAAGAAAUUUAUAGUAAAGGUAGCGAGGAUAUUAAACGAGCAAUGAAUAAGAGCUACAUGGAGAGCGGAGGAACUGUACUAAGCACAAAUUGGGAAGAGAUCUCAAAGAAAAAGGUUGACAUUAAACCACCUGAUGGCAUGGAAUUUAAAAAAUGGGACAGCUAAACUAAACCAAUCCACAAAAGUGUUUUUACUAUUUAAAUAGCUUAUUUUUACUUGUAACUAAUAAAAAAAUCUUAC